AUGGCAGAUCGAUCAAGUGCUGGAACAUCAGAAUGGUUCAAAGGAACAAUGCUAUUUGAAUCACGUACAAAAAUACUAUUUAUAUUAUUUAGUAUUCUUCUUGUUAUUUUUAUUAUUGCUACGAUUGUAUUAGCUGUACUCUUUGCUCGUGAAAAAACUAAGAAAACCACAGAUGUUAAUAAUGAUUUAUGUUUGAGUCCAUAUUGUAUCAAAGCAGCUGAUUAUAUAAUCGAUAGUCUUGAUCAAUCGAUUGAACCAUGCGAGAAUUUUUAUCAAUUUGCUUGUGGAACAUGGAUUAAAAAUAAUAGAAUACCUGACGAUGCGAAUGCACAAAAUAUAUUUCAUAUUCUCAGAGAAAAACUUAACUACAAUAUUGUUGAUUUACUAUCAACAACGCCGACGGAUGAAAUCAAUAAACUUCAAUCUGUUACUAAUGCUCGUGUAUUAUAUAGUUCAUGUAUUGAUGAAACAAAAAUUGAAAUAGAAGGAAUUGAUCCAGUCUUAUCAUUAAUAAAUAAAAAAUUUGGUGGUUGGCCUAUAUUACAAGGUUUAUCAUGGAAUAGUUCAAUAUUUAAUUUAACAAAUCUAUUACUUAAUCUUCGUCAAUACAGUUAUAAUAUGAUUUUUCAAAUCUAUAGUGAUGUUGAUGAGAAAAAUUCUUCAGCAACAAAUAUUUUAGUUGGUCAAGGUUCACUUGGAUUACCACAACGUCAAUAUUAUGAAAAUGAAACAAAUAUUACUAUUGCUUAUCGACAAUUCAUGUUUAAGUUAGCUGAAGUAUUGGCUAAUGAUACUUCAAUGAUCGAUCAAGAUGUCAAAGAUAUAUUCAAUUUUGAAAAGAAUAUUUCAAAAUAUUAUUGGACUAUUGAUGAACAACAAGCUCGACAUAAUGAAACAGUUCAAACAACAAUUUCUAAUCUUUCUCGUACAUUGAAUACAAGUUUUAAUUUCAUGACUUAUCUACGCGAUGCAUAUAUAUUUGGUAAUGUAACUCUGAAUGAUAAGGAUCCUGUAUCAGUAAGUGAAAUAGAUUUUUUGACAAAUGCUUCAUCUAUAAUUAAUUCAACUUCACCACGUAUUUUACAAAAUUAUUUUAUAUGGCGUUUUAUAAUGGAUCAAGCUGAUAAUAUGCCGAGAUCUAUUCGAAGUAUUAAAGAACAAUUUGAUAGAGUUUUUGAUGGCACUAAUGCUGAACGACCAAGAACAAUAAAAUGUGGUGCUUAUGUUAAUGAUAAUAUGGGUUUUGUAGUUUCGAAACUUUAUAUUAAAAAAUAUUUUGAUGAAAAUGCUCGAAAUGAGUCAUUAGAAAUGAUUGGAAAUAUUCGAAAUUCAUUUAUUAAUAUAGUUGAUCAAUCUUCAUGGAUGGACAAUACAUCAAAAGUUCAAGCAAUUGGAAAAGCUAAAUCCAUGGGUAAACAAAUUGGUUAUCCAGAUUAUUUAGCAAGUAGUAAUGACACUAAACUAGAAAAUGAUUAUGCUGCGUAUGUUUUCAAUUCAUCUCAUAUUUAUAAUGUUUUCAAAAUGCUUCAAAUAAAAUCUAUAGAAAACUUUCAAUUUCUUCGAAAGCCUAUUGAUCGAAAAGCAUGGGGUAGUCUUCCACCAAGUGUUGUUAAUGCAUUUUAUGAACCAUCUCUAAAUCAAAUUAGUAUUGGAAUGGUUAUUGGACAUGAAAUAACACAUGGGUUUGAUGAUACUGGUCGUCAAUUUGAUAAAGAUGGAAAUCGAAUUCCUUGGUGGACUGAUCAAACAAUUGAAAAAUUCAAUGACCGUAAACAAUGUAUUAUAGAACAGUAUAGUAACUUUACCGCACCACAAAUUAAUAUGAAAAGUAAUGGUAAUCUAACACAAGGUGAAGAUAUUGCUGACAAUGGAGGACUUAAAGCUGCUUUUUAUGCGUAUCAAAACUGGGCUAAAUCAAAUGCAUAUACUGACAAAAAAUUACCAGGCCUAACAAAAUAUUCGGCUGAACAAUUGUUUUUUAUCAAUUUUGCCAAUACAUGGUGUAUUAAAAUGACCGAUACAUACAUACGCAAUCGAAUUUUAAAUGAUGUUCACUCACUUGGACCAUUUCGAAUAACUGGUCCUGUAUCAAAUUUUGAUGAGUUUGAUCGAGUAUUUGGUUGUAAACCAGGUCAAGGAAGUAGUCGAGUGAAAAAAUGUGUUGUUUGUUUAAAACAUGGAGAUAUUAAUCAAGCACAAUUAUUGAAAUUGAAAUAA